AUGGAGGAGGAGGUGGAGGGCGGAGGCACGCGCGAAGACUUCCUGAGCGAGGACGACCACUCCCCGACCGACGCCUCUGAGGACAGCGUGGAGGUGCGCGUCCAGCCCAUCCGCGCCCACCACCCCCACCGCCCGCCCACCCCGCCCACGCCGCCCGCCCACCACAAGUUCCACAAGUUCCGCAAGCACUACUCCGCGCUGAGGCAGGAGUACCCGGUGCACGCCGCCCGCGCCUCCCCAGCGCCCGCCAGUCCGCCCGCCAGCCCCGUGGAGCCGCACACAGGCGCGGCGCCGCUGUCGCCCGGGACGCGCGCCGCAGCCCGCAACCGCCGCAAGCCCGCCGAGCCUCGACGCCUGUGCCACGAGGCGGCGCCCAAGCGCCCGCACAGCCCCGACCCGCCGCGCGCCGCGAAGGCCGCCCGCACCGAUGGCGCCACCGACGUCUCCGAGAAGAGCGCGCCCUCGUCGCCGUCCCCGGGGGCGCCGCCGCUCCUGCAGCACCACCCACUGCUCAGUUCCUUCAGGAGGCCGCCCAUGGGCGCCUUCCCGCCCCUCCUGAUCCCGCCCGCGUGGCCGCCCGUCACCGCGCAGUGGGGCUACCCGCGGGUGGUCAAUCCCUUGGGGUGGGCGGGGCUCACGCCCGGCCUCACGCCCGCCCUCAGCCCGCACCACUACCCCAUGCUGCUCCCGCACCCGUACCCGCUGCCGCGGCCGCUGCUCCCCUCGCAGCUGCCGCCCGCGUCGCCGCCGCCCAAGUCUCCGCCGCCGCGCGGACGCCCCCGGGGAGCGCGCGCCCCGCGACGACCUGCCGCUGCGCUGCCCGUCGCGGGCGCCGGCCGACGGCGAGGACGACGUGGCCGGCAGCAUGCGGCGACGCGUGCCCGCCGCGACGACGACGACACCAUCCACGCCCUGCUGCAGCCCAGCAAGCAGAAGCAGCGCAACUACAAGAACAUGACGCGGGAGCGGCGCAUCGAGGCCAACGCGCGCGAGCGCAACCGCGUCCACACCAUCAGCGCCGCCUUCGAGAAGCUGCGCACGUCGGUGCCGGCCUACAGCCACAACCAGAAGCUGUCCAAGCUGUCGGUGCUGAGAAUAGCGUGCUCGUACAUCCUGUCGCUGUCGCGCCUCGCCGGCCACGACUACAGCGCGGGCGGCACCGAGCCCUCGUUCAGCGAGUGCGUCGACCUGACGACGCGGACCAUCCAGGUGGAGGGCAAGGCCAAGAAGAAGCGGGACGAGUAGGCCGCCCGCCCCUCGAGUGACGCCCGCGCCCCUCAGUCACUCCUGUCCCUCCCCACCCCAGUGAUCACAUGCCCUCGAGGGCUUCUCCCCCCCAGUGUUACCACGCCCACAGUGACACGCCCACAAGUGGCCCCAAAACGUUCAGUGACUCAAGUUCGAGAUAGUCCCACCGAGUGACAACUCGCAUAUUUAUUAGUGUAUUUUAAAUGCCGAAAGACCUAAUCUGUGAGAGAAAAGUAUAGUCUAUUAGAAUUCCAAAAGACAAGCUAUUUGUACUAAACGUGUGUUCUAGUCGAAGCGCGAGGCCCGGUCCGCAGCCGCCGUGUGCUCCGCAGGAUCUGCCGUGAAACACAACAGCCGUCCGCCUGAUGUUUGUCCUGUUCUGCUCGUUGUCCGUCUCGCGCUCCUUCGGGAGGGAACCGACCUCCCUCCGCGAAGGGCCGUCCGCGCGAGCCCCUCCAGGAAAGGCCUCGUGACCCCGUGACUCCGCCCCCAGCGCCCCGCCCUUCCAGGCCUCCGUCAGCCCGUCGAGGGGCUCCUCAAGCCGGCCUUUGCUAUAGACUUUGCAACUUCAGUAUACCACAAUGGUCUUUGGUUAGGAACAUCGAUUUUUUUUAUAAUCUCAUAACAAUAAGGUGCUCACCAAAGUACACUUUAGCUUUGUGUGUCGAUGUGUGUUAUAGUAUAAAACCCGUAAGCCGUUUUAAGGGCCUGUGAGGCUUGUAAGGCUUGCAAAUCGUGCCCCCAAAAAGUG